AUGGGAGACUGGUCCAUUCUCGGACGCUUCCUGUCCGAGGUGCAGAACCACUCCACAGUGAUCGGCAAGAUCUGGCUGACCAUGCUGCUGAUCUUCCGCAUCCUGCUGGUGACCCUGGUGGGGGACGCGGUGUACAGCGAUGAGCAGUCCAAGUUCACCUGCAACACCCUGCAGCCCGGCUGCAACACCGUCUGCUAUGACACCUUCGCCCCCGUCUCACACCUGCGCUUCUGGGUCUUCCAGAUCGUCUUGGUCUCCACGCCGUCCAUCUUCUACAUCGUUUACGUCCUGCACAAGAUCGCCAAGGAUAAGAAGCUGGAGGUCCAGAAGGGGCAGGUGAUGGCUGAGCGGACCUCCAAAAAGGUGUUUGGACAGCUGGUGAGGAAAGGGCUGGAGAACAUGGAGACUGGUAUGUCCACCUACUGCCCUGGAUACAGAGAGGAGUGGGGUGGUCAGGAAGGGGAGGGGGUGGAGCAGAGCCUGCUAGAGGUGGACUAUGGAGAGGUAGGGGAGGACCCAACUCAGCUGUCCAGCCAGGUGCUGCUAAUAUACAUCCUGCAUGUGCUGCUGCGCUCCGUCAUGGAGAUCACCUUCCUGUUGGGGCAGUACUACCUGUUUGGCUUCGAGGUGCCCCAACUGUACCGCUGUGAGACCUACCCCUGCCCCACCCGCACAGACUGCUUUGUGUCACGUGCCACCGAGAAGACUAUCUUUCUCAACUUCAUGUUCAGCAUUAGCGUGGGCUGCUUUGUGCUCAACAUCGCAGAGCUGCACUACCUGGGCUGGGUCUACAUCUUCCGCGUACUGUGCUCCGCUUGCUCCACCUGCUUCCAGCCCGAGAGCCACCCUGUGGGGCUGUACGACCACCACAACCCUCUGCUGCUGCAGCUCAAACACUCUCUGAGGGGCAGGCUGGUCCUGCAGACUCCCACGCCCAUGGCCCAGGAGAAGGCUGGGGGCCACCUUCUCACUCACGUCCCAGCCAUCUCCUUUGAGACCAACUCUACUGUGGAGUGCACCUCCAACAUGGAGUUGAUGGGAAGGAUCAAGAAGUCUUGGCUGUGAAAUGCCCAUUAUGUGUGAUUAUCGAAUUUAGCAUUUUCCACUUUUGAAACAACAAUGGGAAAGACAGGGUUUAUAGCAUAGGUUGCUCAGAUUGGGCUUUUGGAAAAAUUGGGAGAAUGAAAGUGCACUCCUGAUUCAGAGAGAAAGAUCCAGCUUAAUCAUCCAUACCAUUGUUUAAAUGACAUAAAAGAACAUUCAAACUGUUCCUGAGUUUCGAAAGACAGAGAAAGGAAAACAUCAUUAUCUUCAGUCUGUUCACACCUGUUCACACAAGGCCUACUGUCCACAUUCUCAGGGUUCUUCAAUACAAAAACACCUGUUUCAGAAAACCUGAUCACUUUCACAUUCGAACAAUGUUUGUAGGAUACUUUUCAAUAACUCAAUAAAUGUAAGUGUUGAAAUCAUACAUAGCUGGUAACUUGAGCUCGACAGAGUACUUGUGCUCGGCAGAGUAGUUUUGACCUGUGUCC